AUGUCGACCCUCUUCGAAGUCACCUCAGAGGAGAGCUUCGGGCCUCAUCUUGCCUCCAUUCCGUCCGAUACUCUCAUCGUCCUCUAUUUCCACGCGCCAUGGGCCGCCCCCUGCGCGCAAAUGAGAGCUGUGCUCUCCGCCCUCGCCUCCCAAUACCCAGCCACUACCCCUCCAACCGUUUCCUUCAUCAGUGUCAACGCUGAAGAACUCCCUGACAUCUCCGAAGAAUACGACGUCACCGCCGUCCCUUACGUUGUCCUCCUCCGCAACGGCCAAGUCCUCGAAACAAUCUCCGGCAGUGAGGCGACAAAGGUGCGCGAUGCUGUUGAACGGUAUGCCGGUGCUGGCUCAGCAGGUGCAAGCGCCAAUGGCGCCGCAUCUGCAAUUCCACCUGCAUUGACUGCUGUGCCGAGAGAGGAUGUGAAUACGCCAACGACGGCUACGCAAGCACCUGUGGCCGGUGCUGCUUCGGGUGCUGGCGCCGCACCGGCCUUGACGCCCGAGCAGAGCAAGGAGGCGCUAUUUGCUCGACUUUCGGAGCUGGUGAAGGCUGCGCCCGUCAUGCUAUUCAUGAAGGGGACACCGAGUGCACCGCAGUGUGGGUUCAGUCGACAGUUGGUUGGUAUCCUGCGUGAACGGAGUGUCAAAUACGGGUUCUUCAACAUUCUUGCCGAUGAGGAUGUGCGACAGGGUUUGAAAGAGUUUGCGGACUGGCCUACUUUCCCCCAGUUAUGGGUUAACGGGGAGUUAGUUGGUGGGCUAGAUAUUGUCAAGGAAGAACUCGAGAAUGAUCCCAAUUUCCUGGACAGCUUCUCCAUUAACAAAUAA